GAUCGAGCCGCGCGGCGCACAUACCUUGAGCUCCCGACGGGCUCCGCUUUCCGCGGAGCAGCACUGGAGGCGCUGCGCGACCUGCGGAAGAUUUCUGCUUAUUCUCCUCAUCCUCCUAAUCUGGCUGCAAUCCUGUAUGCACUUAUCUGGGAGAAAUGCCUCUUGAAUUCAGUGGGACUUCUGAAUAAUUUGCAUAGUAUUGCAGUGUUACGAAUUAAAUGAAUGGCAAUGCAUGGGAUUUGGUACAGUAUUUACAAAUCAACAGCCUUGCAGAUUUGAGAAGGACACGACACACAAGGAAUCUCAAAAGAGGAGAGAGAAAUCCAUCAGGUUUAACAGCAAGACUGAAGAUGAUGUUAGGAAAAAGCACAAUUAAAAGAGAAGCACUAAGGCAAUCAAGAACCAGGCACAGACUGGUUCUUCCUUGUUUUAGAUUCCACAGAAGCUGUGGGGUGAGGGAGGGAAGAGGAAGUCAGUUUUUGUCCAGUGGAUUGCAGUUGUCUUGGGCAGAAUCUGAGUUUCCGGUGCCUCUUUCACCCUUGCAGAUGCCUGCAUCUGGAGGCAGCCACUGACAGGAUGUUUGCCAUCCACCCUCCCAAUGCGACCUGGCCGUCACCUGUCCUCCGCCUGGGGAACAACUCCUCAAGUCAUGCAGAGCUGGUGAAGAGCCGGAACAGCAGUGCUCCUUCGGCAGCUGCCCCUAUCUUCUCUAUGACUCUGGGUGUCGUCUCCAACGUUGUGGCACUGGUGAUCCUGGUCCAGUCCUACGCUCGCUUCCGGCGCCGCUCCAAGGCCACAUUCCUGCUCUUUGCCAGCAGUCUGGUGAUCACAGACCUCGCGGGCCAUGUCAUCCCAGGCUCCUUUGUACUGCACCUCUACGCCACGCAGUCCCGUUUCAGGGGCAUGGACCCUUCCGGAGCCCUCUGCCAGUUCUUUGGUGCCUCUAUGGUAUUCUUUGGACUGUGCCCGCUCUUCCUGGGCUUCAUAAUGGCAGUGGAGCGCUGCGUGGGCAUCACCCGGCCGUUGCUGCACGCGGCUUUGGUCACACCAGGCCGGACAAAGCUUUCCCUGUUUGGACUCUGGGCCACUGCCUUAGCCAUUGCCCUGCUGCCUUUCUGCUCCUUUGGGAGGUACGAAAUCCAGGCCUCAGACACCUGGUGCUUCAUCAAAGUGGGGAAAACAGACACAUGGUCCGAGGUGACUUUUGCCCUGCUUUUCUCCUUGCUGGGGUUGGCCUCACUGCUUGCGUCCUUCGUCUGCAACACAUUCAGUGGAUUCACUCUGGUGCGUGCGCGGCUCCGUGGUCAGCGCAAGUGUGGGUACCGGCGAGCCAAGGCCCACGACAUUGAGAUGGUUGUGCAGCUGGUGGGGAUCAUGAUGGUUUCGUGCAUCUGCUGGAGCCCCUUACUGGUUUUCGUCAUCUUGUCAGUGAGCAAUUCCCAUGGAUCCCUGAAUUAUGGACAGCUGCUCUUUUUAGGCGUGCGCCUCGCCUCCUGGAACCAGAUUCUGGAUCCCUGGGUAUAUAUCCUGCUGCGGCGCUCUGUGCUGCGCAAGAUGAUUGCCCUGUUUCUCCGGCGUCCUGAUAUCAAAGGGAUCCAGUUUGACCGCUGGGAGGCCAGCUCUUUCCAAAGCUCAGAGCGCAGUGUUGCUGCUGGACGCAUCUAACGCUGGCUGGAGCAAGUAGGAGUACCUAUACCCUGGAGACGUUCUGAGAAACUGUUGGCACAUUCUCCAAAAUGUGCAGAAUGUUCUCUUUGGUAUUUAGCAUCCAGGUUCCUUGGCUGAUCAUGCUAUCGAUGCAACUACAAGGAACCAGUGCAGCAUCUGACCCUGGAACUAAGGAGUAACUGUGGGGCCCUAGACUGUGGAGCCAUGUGCUCUACUGGGCCUGCUCCCUGCCUGGGCAGGACUUUCCUGUGAAUGAGAGGCACUGGAUCUUUUGGGGAGAUUUGCUGAGGAUCGAUCGUGCUUUGUGUGGGGUGGCACCUGUCCUGCAUGCAAAAGGUCUGACGUGCAUUAUAAGCACCUUCAGUUAAGCAGGAUGGCAAAAAACCUCUGCCUCAGAUGCAGGAGACCCACCACUGGACUACAUGAACCAGUAGUGUGAUUCAGCCUGAAAGAUUUUGUCAGCAAUGGGGAGAAGAGCCACGAUUUGGUGCACUUUGAAUGCAUGCCAUGCUUCUUGGUACAAGCCAUACCAUGUGUCGGGUUGUUACUAGUGGUGAAAUGCUGGUAUGAGUAUGAUGCCACCUGGAACUGCUUUGUAUGGUUUAACUGCAAGUGCUCAGGAACAUCUGCUUGCUUGUGGAUUACCAGGCAAGGCGACACCUGCAGUGAUCCUCCUGCACUGGAUCAUUUGAUUUAGGUAACUCACCGUGUAACUUUCAAUGUGCUACCCUGCAGAAACCUGGUCACUCAGAGCUCAUCUUCCUAGCCUCCAGGCUGCUUCAUUUCAGCUCUGUACAAGGAAACUUAAAUAUAAAUGUUGCAGCCUUUAGUCAGAGGCAAUGUGCUCCAAGAGGAAGUAUCCUUAUAUAGCUCUAAGAGAGGCUGCAUGUAAACUAACACAGUUAGUACAGACAGCUGCACUGCAACACAUGGCAAGGAUGGCCUUUAGUUUUGAUGGCAACAUUGGCCUCCUGCAGGGUGAAAAAGGCUGGAAUGUGACUCCCAAGACCAAAAGGGAAAGGAAAAGGCUUCAAGAACUCAGCACUAGUAAGUUGGACUUGUCCAUAGAAAGAGUUUGUGGUAGAGUUGAAAUAGGCAGUCUCUCUAGCCCUGGAUAAAUUUCGGUUUGGAAGGAACCUGAGAGUCCUUUUGUGAAACUCCUUAGAAAGGUGGGGCUGGGCAGCCGACUGUAAAUGAGGUACCUCUGAGUGUUGUACUACCCCGUACUCCAGGGUGAUGUUGACAGGGGCAGGGGUCAAGAGAAUACGAGUUUGCACGUCUGUCAAGUCACAGGGUCAGGGCUGACAUGCUAGUACCCUGGCCUGUGGGAGCUCUUAACCAGCGCUGGGCGCUCUACAAUAAAGUUUCCGUGGCACA